CAGAGCUGAACCAGCACCAAAAGCAGAUUGCCAAUCUGGAGGAGCAGAGAGCCAGAGAGGCUCAGGAAAGACAGGAGGAGCUCAGCAAAAAUCGCCACAAUUCUUUCCAGCACAGACUACAGCUGGACAAGCUCAAACGCUCUAUGAAUGCUGAAAUUCAAAACCAAAUUAAGGAGUUUGACCAGAUGAAAUUGGAUUCACAGCGCAGAAUAAGAGAUGUGGAAGAACAACUGGUCCGACAGAGACAGGAGAUGACUGCUACUUUUGACAGUGAGCUGAAACAGCAGGAACAUGAGUUCAACGUGAAAAUGGAUGAGAUGCGCGCUGUGGUGUUGUCUCAUGAGAUCAAGGUUAAGCUGCUGUCUAAAGAGACUGAAGUUCACUACCAGGCUCACCUGCAGGCCACAGAGGCUCUCGAGACAUCCAAGAACCUCUGUCAGCAGAUAAAGACCCAACUACAACACAAAGACCAGGAGUUCAAAGACACCGUUGCUAUAAAGGACAAGCGGAUAAAGGAGCUUGAGGAAAAGCUGAAAAGGAUGGAGACCAACAUGAAGAAGGAGAAAGAUGAACACAGUAAGAAAUAUGAGGAUAUGGUCUUGUCCCUGGAAAAACGUAAUGCUCAGCUGGAGCUUCAGCAUCAGGCCAACCUAAAGCAGCUGCGGAAGACUGAGAAACAGAUCAUCAAGCUACAGAAAAAUAUAGACGUUCUGGCAGCACAGGCACGAUGCGUACAGGAAGAUCAGCAGAAGGCCAUGGAACAGAAAGAUGAAACAAUCCAGAGGCUUCACAUGGAGGUAGAAGCCACCCGGACUGACUGGGACCACUACAUCAAACAGGUCUCCACUGAGAUGGUUGUAAAAGAGACAGAAAUUAUCACCAUGCAGGAGAGAGAAACAAAACUCAGAGCUGAGCUGGAGAAAAACAGGGAACAAAUUGAGAGGUACAAGCAGGAACUGAGUGCUGGUUUGAAGAGAGAGAGGGCCUUGGAACAGACUAGAGUCCAAGUGGAGCUUGAUUGUCAGAGACGCUAUGAGGACAUCAAGGCUGAACACUACCUUUCCAAUGAGCAUUUAAUACAAGACCUGACUGACGCUAGAGACCAGGCUAAAGCAGAGCUGAAGGAGAAAGAACAAGAACUGCAGGGUUUGACUGCCUUACUGCAUUCUGUUAGAACGGAGAGAGAUCAUGCAAUACAGGGUCUCACACCAAAGGUAGACUCUCUGGCAUCAGAAGAGAUUCAUCGUCUACAGGUGCAGAACAACACCCUGCGUGCUGUGGUUACCCAGAUGAGAAAGGACAUGGAGGGUCUCAGCCAUCUCCUACCCAGGCCCCAAGCUGAGACACAGGCCUCUUGUCCGCAGCCAGUUCAGCAACCAGGAUCCUCAGUUGCCACCUCCAACACACGUUCAGUUAAUAUGGAGGUGGCCACUGGACUGGUGGCUCAAGCCAAUGACAUCUUCUCCAAAGUCAGCCCAGCAGGUGGUUUGUGUCUGGAUGAAGGUGCCAGUAACCCUGCUUUAAUAAAGCAGCUCAGAGUGGCACAUGUGGAGUCUGCUCCCGCAAACAUCACAGAACAGAGUGCACCAGUGCAACAACUCUAUGACGAGAACCUGUAUUUGCAGCUGCAGGCCUCAGGUCAGAUGUCUGGCGGUGUGUUCAAAAAUGUCCACCGUGCUAAAAGCGGCUCUUCUCUCCAACAUAGCAGACUGAAGCAGGCAGUGUCCUGUAUUGCCCGUUUGAGUAGAGAGAAACAGCAGCUAAUAGAGAUUGGUAACUGCCUUCGAGCCCAGCUCACCACUGUUGGACCACUGGAACCAGUGGAGCCAGAGAGAGACACCUCCACAGAAAGACAAGGAGACCAACAUGACCGGCUGUCUGUUCUGGAACAGCUACAGUAUCAGCUCACCACACAGGAGUUGCAGUAUGCUCUGAAGCAGAAGGCUGGCGCUGCUGCUCAGCAGCCCCUCCCAGGAACCAACAACCAUGGUCCUCUCACAAAAGAGCCUGCCAACCCCUGCCAAGGGCACAAAACCACAUACAGGUCUGAGAGCUCAAUGAACAAAGAGAACUCUUCUCCGCUCAGCCAGCCACAGUCCCAGCCCCACUCAGGACUGUCCAGGUGUCGGCUGUCAUCAGAGGAAUCACUGCAGUCAUUAAAGGAGCUGUGGGAGAAACUGGACCAUGGACUCAGUCUGUCUAUUUUCUCAGAAGGUGAAAGUGAGCUAACCAGAAAGGGGAUGGAUGAGUCUGGUGGUUCUGGUGUCCAAAAGAUGGUGCGUUCUAGUGAUCUGAUUCAUACCCAGCCCCCAAGUGAUGUCCAGCAGAUGAGGAAACCCUCUAAAACACAAUCAAUUACCACCAAUACCAGCAGACCCGGAGCCCCUGGUAGGUUCAGCAAGAUAAGAAACUACAAUGUUAAAGACUGACACACACGAAAAUAUGUCUUUAAUACAUGGGCCCUAUACUCGUCUGUGACAGCAGUUUUAUAAAUUCUUCUUAGACUCUGCAGGAGCUUUUACAAGUCUGAGAAAAUAUGUCAGAUAUGUUAUUGAUGGCUAUGAUUUAAUCCUGUCCAAAAAUUCAUGACAGAAAGUCUGUGUUACAAACUAGUAACAAUACAUUUCAAGGGGAAGGUUGUAUGAAAAGAUGUAACCAAGUUACAUUUUUGUAAGAGUGGGAUUCCAUUUUUUUUCCUAUUCUUGUUAUUGAGCUAAAAGUCCAGAUAUCUCAGUCUCUGCUGCUUUGAUUUACCUGUACUGAUUUUCCCAACUUUAAGGAAGUUAGAUACAGGACAAAGACAAUAUGUGAACAUUUUUUUUAUCAUUAUUUAUAUCUUUUAUCUAAUACACUGGGAUGGCCUCAGCUGCUUCAGCAAUCAAAACAUUUCCAUGUAUCCAUAAUUCAGUUAUUUAAUAAAGCAUGCAUUUUUGUUGAA